AGGUGCGCGGGCGGAGGCAGCGCGAAGGUGCGCUGGGAUCGCCGGGCUCGGCGGGUGGCGGCGGCGGCGGCGACGCGCACAAAGGCGGAUUGUGGCUUCACUGGUGCUCGCGGCGGGCGGCGCCGGGGCGGGGGCGGCGGAGCACGCCGGGAACCCCGGCGGGAGCGGCGCGGGCGAUGAACCGGGGCCCGGCAUGGCCUCUGCGCGGCCGCCGGGCCGGGCCUGCGCCUCGGCGCCGGCGCCCGCGGGGCUCCGGGCCGGGCCGCCCGCCCUCCUCACCGCCACCGCCACCUCCCCCGAGCCUGCGGGCGGCGCCGAGGCCGAAGAACGCUCGCUGCAGCACAUGCUGCGCGCCAUAGCCGAGGAACGCGGCCGCGUCAGCUUGCGCCGAGAGGUCUGCGGCCUCGGGUACGUCAAGGACGACCGCAUCGCCUUCUGGACGUGGAUGUUCUCCACCUACUUCAUGGAGAAGUGGGCCCCGCGGCAGGACGACAUGCUCUUCUACGUGCGCCGGAAACGGGCCUUCGCCGGCGGCGAGAGCGGCGGCGACGCGAGGAAGCCAGCGGAGGCCGAGCCCGAGGUGGAGGUGGAGGUGUACCGGCGGGACUCCAAGAAGCUGCCGGGCCUGGGAGACCCCGACAUUGACUGGGAGGAGAGCGUCUGCCUGAACCUCAUCCUGCAGAAGCUGGACUACAUGGUGACCUGCGCCGUGUGCACGCGCGCCGACGGGGGCGACAUCCACAUCCACAGGAAGAAGUCCCAGCAAGUGUUCGCCUCCCCCAGCAGACACCCCAUGGACAGCAAAGGGGAGGAGUCUCAGAUCAGCUACCCCAACAUCUUCUUCAUGAUCGACAGCUUCGAGGAGGUGUUCAGCGACAUGACCGUGGGGGAAGGGGAGAUGGUCUGUGUGGAGCUGGUGGCCAGCGACAAGACCAACAUGUUCCAAGGCGUCAUCUUCCAGGGCUCCAUCCGCUACGAGGCGCUCAAGAAGGUGUACGACAACCGGGUGAGCGUGGCCGCCCGCAUGGCCCAGAAGAUGUCGUUCGGCUUCUACAAGUACAACAACAUGGAGUUCGUGCGCAUGAAGGGGCCGCAGGGCAAGGGCCACGCGGAGAUGGCUGUCAACCGUGUGUCCACGGGGGACACGUCGCCCUGCGGGACUGAGGAGGACUCCAGCCCGGCCUCGCCCAUGCAUGAGCGGGUGACCUCCUUCAGCACGCCCCCCACCCCGGAGCGGAACAACCGGCCCACCUUCUUCUCCCCGUCCCUCAAGCGGAAGGUGCCCCGCAACCGCAUCGCCGAGAUGAAGAAGUCCCACUCGGCCAACGACAGCGAGGAGUUCUUCCGGGAGGACGGCGGCGCAGCGGACCUGCAGAACGCCACCAACCUGCGGUCUCGGUCCCUGUCGGGCACGGGGCGGUCCCUGGUCGGGUCCUGGCUGAAGCUGAACAGAGCGGACGGGAACUUCCUUCUCUAUGCACACCUGACCUACGUCACCUUGCCGCUGCAUCGGAUCCUAACAGACAUCCUGGAGGUUCGGCAGAAGCCCAUCCUGAUGGCCUAGCCGUGCGCGGAGCCCAGCCCCGCCCGGCCCCGGGAGUGCUGCCAAGUGCCUACCCGCCCGCCGCCACCGGGGUCUUCUGUGACAGCCCAGCGCCGAGCCGGGGCCAGGCGGGGCCGCUCGACCCCCCGGGGCCGGGGCCGACUCCGCGAACACCAGCCCAAACUGAAGUGCCUCUCUCUCCUCCCGCUGGCUCUGCUCCUGCCCUGCGCGCCCCCAGCACCGCCCCAGCCCGUCUGCGAGAGCCCUCUGCGCCCGAGGAGGCCCCCAGGCGCCACGAGGCCACGAGAGAGCAGAGGAGGGAGCCGUGCGCCCAGUCCUGCGACUCGCCGUGCGCACCCUGCAGAUGGCGGGUGCCCAGCGCCCACUGGGGCACCCAGGGUGCCCACUGUCAGCCCUCUAAAGGAGAACGGUUUUAAGAUUCUGCAGCGCUGUGCCAAUGAACUUGAGCACCCGAGCUGGUCCUGGUGCGUCCGCCCUCCCUGGCUUGGUCCUGAAGGGGCCACCCUGGGGAGGUGGGGACCGGGCUGUGUGAUGGUGUGGCGCUCGCUCGGAACACGGCGCCCACCCUGGUCCCAGAAAGGCCUCGAGCAGAGCGGACGGGCCCUGGCCGCGCCAGGAAGGCCUCUGCUUCCAGCCAAAGAGCAUCGCCGACACACACACACCUCCAACCCGAGACUUCCCCCUGUGCCUCGGCCGUGUGACCGCCGAACGUGGGGGCCCACAGGACAGGGGUGGGGUCUCACUGCAGGCAGGUGGGGUGGGGUGGGGUUGGCGUGCUCCCAGGAAGGUUCUAGUAGAACCUCCAUCCUCCGGGGGGGUCGGGGGGGAGGAGGGUGUUUCAUUUCUGGUUUUCUAGCGCUUGUUUCCUCUGCCUGAGCGAGGGUCCUGGUUCUGAGACCCACUCACCUAGGCAGGAGGGGACAGGCCUCGGCUCGGCCAGUCGGGGGUGUGAGUGGCCCCCCGGCCCCUGCCCCGCCCAAGGCCCCGCGCCAGCCCGGACUUCCACCUGUGACAACCCACGUGCUCUUCUCAAAGCCACGAGCCUUCUCAGCGGCAGACCCGUCACCCCAGCCACGAGGAGCGAACUGCCGGCCGGGGCCGCGAGGCCGCGCUUGAAGGCCCCGGAGUCUCUGGCUCCCACAGUGUGUGCUGAAGUUCUCUUGGGGGGGGGGAGCAGAAAGGAGCUGGAGGGGCUCACCCUCCUGUGUGAUGUCGUUCCGCGCUCUGAAGGCUCGCGCGGGGCUCCAGAACGGGGCCACUCGGGGCUUUCUUUAGAUUUUGUAUGCUGUUAUUAAAGGCAAGCUAUUGCAUUUCA